AAGUCUUUCUCUUUCGCGAUUGGCUGCGACAUGCGUGUUCGAGUUCCUUCAGAUGUCAAUGAGGCUGUCCUUCGUCGCGGUCGUCAGGGUUGGGAUGGAAAAGGGAUGUCAGGAGAUUUGUCGACUUGUCGCUUUAGUUGGUUGGAGGAGGUGGACGAAAACAAGCCGUUUGUGGAAAGCCUGACGGCGUCGCGGAACCCUCUGCCUCAUGGAAGCUCCGUCAGUCUGGUCUGUCAAGCGGCCCCGCCUCCUGGCGAGCAUCAGCUCCGUCUCGACUGGUCGCCGGGACUCGGAGCUGAUCCGAGGCCUCCGAUUGCGCUCGGCGUCAGAGACCGACCGCGGCUCGAGUUCACCUGGCACCGUAUCCUCACGUCCAAUCGGUCCGGCUACCAAGAGCCCAUCUGGUGGGCGGAACGAUGGAAAGUUUCAAUAAAAUCCACUUGCUGCCCCCUCAGCCUUGGGACUCGAGUUUACGAGCCGAAAGCUGCUUUCACUUUCCAUCUUUGCCUCCAUUUGACAUUCGGUCAGGCGACGGACAAGCGGGCAAUCGCAUCGUCCAGGCGGGAAACACAGUCUGGCCGGCUAGUUCGAGUCCGCUGGCGGGGAAACAACACGACGCAUGGAGCUCGAUGUUGCGGCUUGACGCUGUCCACGACAGCCUGGACCGCGAGAUCGAGUGCCGCAUCGCGGACAGUCGAGGACGACGAGCAGUACGACGGAUUCAACUGGACAUUCAAUGUAAGCAUCAGUACUGACCCUUUUGCAGAAAUGCCCUAA